UGGACAAUGCGAGGAAGUGAGGGAUCUUUGGCGAGCGGCAUGAAUCUCCCAGGCCAACCCGAUCUGUACCAGCUAUGCCUGGAAAAUAUCAAGGGCAAGUGAAUCCGUGGAAUGGGGACGGUCCCGCCGGCAGCGGCCAGUGAGCCCGAGCUCCCCUGAGUAGCCGAAGCGAAGCGAAGCCCGAACCGAGCCCUGGGGGCUGCAAGAUGCACCCCUCCUUUGGAUGCUUUUAAGGCAGCAGCCGCCAAAUUAAGGCGAAGUGUGAAGAUCCCCCUUCCCCAGCCGCAGCCUGAGCCUCCUGCCCCCCCGGCGAUCAGUGAAAUGCUCCAGGAGAAAGGCCUGUCUGAAACGGAAGAAGAGUUUCCAGCGGCCCAGGCACCUGGUCAUGCAGAAUCCACCGUGGGUUCCCCGGUUCUCGGCGUGGCAGGAGUCAGCAGCACUCCGCUGAGCAGUCCGCAGGGCCAGGAUCCGGAGCAGACAAUAGAAAACAUCAAAGUCUAUCUCCAUGAGAAGGAGCUAUGGAAGAAGUUUCAUGAAGCUGGCACCGAAAUGAUAAUAACUAAAGCAGGCAGGAGGAUGUUUCCUAGCUACAAAAUUAAGGUAACCGGGAUGAACCCCAAGACCAAAUACAUCUUGUUGAUCGACAUUGUCCCAGCUGAUGAUCACCGGUACAAAUUUUGUGACAACAAAUGGAUGGUGGCUGGGAAAGCAGAGCCCGCAAUGCCUGGGCGAUUAUAUGUUCAUCCGGACUCGCCCGCCACGGGAGCUCACUGGAUGCGGCAACUGGUGUCGUUUCAGAAGCUAAAGCUCACUAACAAUCACCUCGAUCCGUUCGGACAUAUUAUUCUUAAUUCGAUGCAUAAAUACCAGCCAAGAUUGCACAUUGUGAAAGCAGAUGAAAACAACGCCUUUGGGUCCAAGAACACAGCGUUCUGCACACAUGUGUUUCCAGAGACAUCCUUUAUAUCGGUGACCUCCUAUCAGAAUCACAAGAUAACCCAGCUGAAAAUUGAAAACAACCCAUUUGCCAAGGGAUUCAGGGGAAGCGAUGACAGCGAUUUGCGUGUGGCACGGCUUCAAAGCAAAGAAUAUCCAGUGAUUUCCAAAAGCAUCAUGAGGCAGAGGUUGGUUUCCACUCACGGCCAGCUUUCAACAAAAACAGAUGUCAACCCACUCCAUGGGACUCACCAGACCCUUCAGCAUUAUCAGUACGAGAAUGGUGCUCAUAUGCCAUUUGCUGCUUCGGAUACUCAAGAUCUACCACUCAACACCUUCACAGCACAGAGAGAUUCAGGGCUCUUUUAUCACUGCCUGAAAAGAAGAGAAAGUGCUCGGCAUUUAGACCUGCCCUGCAAACGGUCCUAUCUGGAAGCCUCCUCUUCUGUAGGAGAAGAUCAUUAUUUUCGUUCUCCACCUCCAUAUGACCAGCAAAUGUUAAGUCCUUCCUAUUGCAGUGAGGUGACACCUAGGGAAGCUUGUAUGUACUCAGGUUCUGGGGCUGAAAUCGCAGGUGUUUCAACAGUCGAUGACUUGCCACCUCCUCCCCCACCCCCUUUGAGCUGCAAUAUGUGGACUUCUGUUGCACCUUACACCAGCUACAGCGUUCAGACAAUGGAAACUGUGCCUUAUCAGCCUUUCCCUGCUCAUUUUACUACCACCACCAUGAUGCCAAGACUCCCCUCUAUCACAAGUCAAAGCUCACAGCCACCAGGUAAUAGCCCCUUCAGUGUCUACAAUCAACUGUCACAGUCUCAGGUUCGGGAGCGAGUUCCUCCUUCAUCCUUCCCGAGGGAAAGAGUGCACCCAUCUGUUUGUGAGAGGAAGCCCCCAUCUCCGCACUUAAACACAGCAAACGAAUUUCUGUACUCACAAAGCUUUUCACUCUCGAGGGAAUCUUCAUUACCGUACCAUUCAGGAAUGGGGACUGUGGAAAACUGGACUGAUGGAUGAUUCUAAUAUCUAAGUAACAAAACAGCUAGUUUUACUGCUCCUGAACAAAAUUACUUCAGUGUUAAUUCCUGUGGGUAACUUGCACUUCAGUGAAACCUACACACAUGUACAAUUCCAAAGGGGUGUGUAUGUGUGUUUGAGGUGUUUGUAUGUUUACACACAUACAAUUCUGUACAAAGUAACUAUUAGCUCAAUGGCCUGGAUUCACCAAUCUCUUCUAAAUUAAUUCAGUCCUACUGGCCCCCUAAGAACCAUCCGAAUGACUAAAAUGUGAUGUGGCUUGUCCUUUUCCUUUGUUUAAAACAGCAGAUUUUUGGGGAAAUUAUUACCCUUAAUUUGUGUGGCUCACGGAGUCAUAGAGCCAUAACAAUUAGAGACAAAACCAUCAAUUAUUGUCCAAUGUAUGCAAGUUAUAGGUCUUCUAAUCUAGGACUGUUUCUAUCCUCAGCAGUGGAUAAGCAUUAUUAGUCCACUUAUUGCUGGGGAAGCAGAAUCUCAGUGAAGUGACUUGCCCUGAGGCUGCAUACGCAACAAGCCCAUGUCAUCUGAUUCCUUGCAGUAUAGUGGCUUGAGAUUUGUCCAGUCAUGUUUUAAAUGGCUCUAGAAAUGGGGUUUCCACCAUUCCCCUUGGGGAACAAUAUUUCACAGUGUAAUAGUCCCUAAAUACUCAUUUUCUUUGCACUGAAGUGAAGGGAGUUGUUUUCAAGAUGGUGGAGACGGUGAACCAAUUUUUUCCUUCCACACUUUUAAUUAAAGUGAUCAGAUUUUGCAAUGGACAGAAGUAUCAGUGGAGGUGUGAAAAGCUGUGACCAAUAUAUUUGUUGCUAAUAUUUUUACUGUGGAAUUAUUUCCAGGUGACAAAUGGAUGGAUACCUCCUUCAAUGAUCAAAGGCCUGCAAGAAUUCAUUAAUCAAAAACAAACAAACAAAAAAACACAGCCAGUCUGAGAAAUGGACACUUAAAGGGGAAAUUCUGCAUUCUUUAUUAAACAAAACUCCCACUGAUUUCAAGUGAAUAGUUUUGUUGAGAAGGAAUUGCAUCUUUCUCUGUAUAUACCACUCCUUAGGUCUCCAGUCUAUGCAGGACCACCAGCUGUUAUUCAUAGAACAAACAGAAGGAUACGUAGAAAGAACAGGGGGAGUUUGGUUCGAUUAAGGAGUACUGAAUUUGACCUUAAUAAUUUUGUCCUGUUUGCCAAGCAAUCAAUGGAAUAGGUGGAGGGCUAAAGAAAUUUUAAAAAGUUGCUCCUGCUCUUUGCUGAAUCCAUUCCAAUGAGGAGAGAUUGAUGAAGAUGAUGUUUAAGCUAGACAAGCCCAAGGGCACUGAAGUGAAGGUUAUUUUUAGCCAGGACAUUCAUAUAUACCCCAUUCAACAGACAGUAAGUGUGGAUUUUGUAAUCAGAUUUGGGAAAUCACUACAAUUUUUGCAUGCUGAAUAGGUAUUUAUAUAUAAAUAUAAAAAUAUA